UCCGAUCGCGACUCGUGCGUCGUUUUGUUUUCUUUAACAAUCCUAAGUGAACGAGAAGUCGAGAGAAAAGAUAAAAAAAUAAAAUAAAAAGUCGGCACCACGUGACGAGCUAGAUGAGAUCAGUGAGGGAAAAGAAACCAUCGAGAGUUCAAUGAUUUUUAUUCCAAAUUUUUCACAGGCUUUUCUUUCUCGUUUUUCUUUUCUUGUUUUGUAAAAUAAUUAUUUUACUCGAUUGUUCCCCUGGUGAGCAGAGUGUUCCUUCUCGAGUUACCCCGCUCGAAAGGGUGAUUAAGAAUUACUGCAGUGAAAAUCGUGAAGUGGUUCUAUCGCCGUGUGUAACCAGCUCAAAGAGAAAAUCGAGACUCGUGACCGUCCUGCUCGUGGAAAACGCGGUUUCCAUCGAACUGUGACUUUGGACGAUCUUGCUGAACACGUGCGGUAGUUCUUCGAUUCUUCUGCCAAACCAACUGCCGUGAUUCGACUGAUUUUCAUUUAAGGAAAAAUUUGAUAUACCAUUCGAGAAAAACAUGAAACUCAUCGUCCUUUUGGCAAGCGCUAUGUGCGUGGCUUUGGUCGGCUCGCAUCCGGUUCCCGAAGGAGAACGUUUUCGGUCCGAGGCACUAGAUCGACUGGUGAUGGUCGAAGCUGACAACGAGACCGCCCUCAGGAGCAAAAGGACGAUCGGUAUCCUGCGCGAACUGUUCCCAGAGGUAUCUCAGGACGUGAACCCGGAAGCGGAGGACAGGGUGAACGAGGUGGCGGCGGAGUCGCAGAACAACGAGGUGAAAGUGCAAUUCGCGGACGAGCAAGGAAACGAUGAUUCAGUGGCACCUCUGACGCCGUUGGACGAAGUGGAAGCAGAGGACGACGAGAACAGGAACAAGAGGUUCCUCAACUUUGGUUUCGGCGCGUCUGGGGACAAGUCCGGUAGCGGCGCUGGCUCGGGCAACUUCCUGUUCGACAUUAUCAGGCAAGCGGCCGACGGGGCGGCAAGAGCGGCGGGCACGGUGUACCGCGUGGUGGCAGGUACGCAGAGCCUAGGGCUCGGUUUAAGCGCCUCUCGGGACUUGGGCCCUGUCCCCCAAGGUGCCGCCCCUGCUGCCGCUCCAGCUGGUUCCUCGACCACGGCGGGAUCCUCGACCAGCGCACCGGCCGCGUCAGGAACCGGAAACUUACCACCGCUGGUGGCGGGUAGCGGAAGUGCCUCGCAUGGCACUGGUAAGGUAGAGGAACCACCGGAAGCGGUUCCUGGACCAGUCACUAGGCUCUUCGUCAUCGCGAACAGAGGAAUAUCGAACCUCAUCCAGGACCUCAUUCUUCGUCUUGCAGCGACGAGCGAGCGUAUCGUCAAUUUCAAGGCAAGACUGAUCACUUCCAUCAUCUAGAGCUCGGUACGCGAGGCAAAAGGUGUGCGGAAGUGAACAAGAAGAUCCGAUGGUCCUGAAAAAUGAUCUGGAUCCACGUGGGAGCCAUUGUCGAGCCGUAAUUAUUGUCGCAGGAACACGGGUACGACGUUGGCAACGUAAUCAGCCAACACGUUGCCCCCUUGUCCCCGAGGUCCGAAUUGUCUCGUCGAUGGUAGAGAAUCGUCCUCGUUAUUCAAACAGUCCAACCUCGCGACUUCGUGUUUGCAAUCACUUGUAAAUCGUAAUACUUGACGCCCUCGUUUCCCUUUUGUCCUUCUUCGUUUCUCUACUUCUCUGACUACUUCCCAUUCCCUGUUUCUCGUCCUCCAACGAUUCUACGACCCUUCUUCUUUCUUUCUGUGUAUAUCAUAGCCUGUUCUGUUCUCUAGUUAACGUUCCCACUGUUGAGAUUCGUCGAGACGAAAGAAAUCGUGCGUUUUACACGAUGCGUAUUGUUACAUUAUGGUCGAAAUUGAAAAUUUUAAUUUAUAAAAGGAUUAGUACGUAACGAUUAGUUAUUCCACUUAAUCUGGACGCGUUUCGAUCGUUUUCUUCUUCCAUAUCAAGUUUUCAGCUUUGUAGAAAUCAAUCGUGUAAAACGCGCACGUCGGUGUAACUUCUCACCCAGCCUCGCGAAAGUAGCGUUUGGAUCGCGUAGAAUCUCGCGUGAACUUGUACAUAAUAACUGUUCCCAGAAUGCAACAGUGCCAAGAAUCGAUCAUUCUUUUCUACUCCCCCUAAUCGAUAUCAGAUAGAUUUCCUUCCGAACAGCCGCGAUCGAUUGUUAACCGGUCGACGACUGCAGUGGCUGUCGAUAAUCACCGAACCAUCAGCACCUUUCUAGAAAAAUAAGCACGAUCUGAAAUUAUUUUCGUAGAUGUUAAGCGAUUGACAGUCUGACAUCGAAUCUUUUCUAGAAUUUUGUUAAACGACACCUGGCCGGCUGUUUGUUCACCGCAUUACAGUAUGAAGCGAUGAUCGUUCUUUCGAUGAAGAGAACGGUUGCCGUUGAUUGAUAUGUUCGUUAACGUGUGCCUCUUUUAUUGUAAAUCGUCCCUGUUGUUUUGUAGUGUAAAUAAAUAAUAAAAUAUUAUUGUCAUAAAA